CUCAUGGAACGGACACUAGGCAGUUAGCCAAGUUCGUGAAAAAGCACUCGUCAUCAUGCACUUCCUCGAUAACAACAGAUAACUGUGGGUACCCAGCCCUACGCUGCACCAUUUUCAAGGACACAUCUUUCAGUAGGCUGCAAGCAGCCGGCGUGGCCGCACGAUGCCAGUCCCGCGAUGACAACACCACGCGAACACCGUCCCAACGACACUGUUGAGUUAUUACCUUUAAAAUCUGCUCUAGUCAACAAUAAUUAUAAAGAUGAAGACUCGUAUUACCCGCCUCCUCUCAACAACAACCCGUCGAGUUCCAAUCUCUACGACUACACACUACUGUCGAAGAGGACGCCGGCCUCUAAAAGAUUACUAUCACGCACCCAGCAGCCUGCGCCCACGCCGAUGUUGACGUUAUGCGGCGCGCCGCCCCCCUCCAGGAAGAGAGAGGAGCUGACCGCGCUCGCCAACCUCAGGAAGAAGGUCUCACCUGCCUUACUGCAACCUGAACGAAACGCUAAUAAAAACGACAACGAACAAAAUAAGAAUAGUAAUGAAGAGACUCUCGACAAUCGGCCCAAGCUUUUACAAAGGGUGCUUCAAUCCAAGCCAGUGAGCAUGGUGGUGCAGUGGAGCGAGGUCCGCACUGCCUGGCAGGACAGUGACUUCAUAACCGAGUGUCUGUGCUGGCACAACGUCUACCGCCAGAGACACGGCGCGCCACAGCUCUACAUGGCACCAGAGCUAUGCGACUACGCACAGGCGUGGGCGAAUCAUCUGGCGCACACUAACAAGUUCCACUACAGAAAUGAUCGUGAUGUCGGUCAGAACUUGUACCAGCGUCCCGUCAGCGCUCUCCAACCAGAUGUCACAGGUCAAGAAGUGUCUUCCUACUGGUACGCCGCAGUGCGCCAGUACAGCUAUUUCAAAGAGCCUGAUGUCCUCCACGCUAAUGUUAACGCAGGCCACUUCACGCAAAUGGUUUGGGUAGCUACGACGUUCUUUGGCGUCGGUAAAGCUCGAUCCCGAGACGGUAAAGUGAUAGUAGUGGCCAACUACUCCCCGCCAGGCAACUUGUCUGGACAGUUCGAGGCGAACGUCCUCCCCCCUCUGCCUGAGAACUUCCCAGACAUACCAACCCCCCCACAACACUGACGAAGGCUCUCCAUACGUGGCAGAAGGCUUAAGAUUGACGCCACGUUCCUACACUAAGGAAUACCUAAAGAUUUUUGUGCGAAUUGGUUGUGUUAUCUUAGAACGAAACCCAAAGACGUAAUGAGAGAGAACUUUAAAAAUUCAUUGUUAAAACGGUUUUUGUAACCGAUUUUUAAAUUUGUUGUUACGGAAUCUUUUAAAAUUGAGGAUCGUCGUCCGAAUAUGUUCGAACCUCAAGUUACGAGACCGACAUCGUUAUGUAUUUAGAAGUCGUAUAAGACCCAAAUCUAAGAUUCCGCUGAACAAGAUGAUCAUAACUUAUUGUUAUCAUACCGCUAUAUAUUCAAUAAUCAUCGACACCGAAGCACCAAAUAAUCCGUCUUCGAAAUUUCGAAUCACGCCGCCGUCCGCUUAGCAAACAAAAAAAUUAUUGUAAUUAACACAUUAAGGUGUCAAAAAAAAUCUACAUACAGCACAGUAAUUAGUUUUCGAAAGAACUAUAGUAAGUAUUACAUGCCAACAAAUAAUCAGGUAGCUUAGAAUUAUAAUAUUUUCUCAUUAAAUUAAUUUUACAAUUUGAAUUUUUAAACAGCGCCAUCUUUCUUGCGUUAUAGGCAGAUUUUAAAUUAAUUGAUUUGAACACAGCUAUUUCGUCUUACACGCUACUUGCAUAGAUAUAUAAUACAAUCUACUAUACUCUCAUUAUGAUCACUCGCUAAAAUUUCAAAUGAACGCAUCGUCACCAAUAGCAAUUAAAAAUAUCAACAUUUUGAGACCUAACCAACCAUCGGAGUUUAUUACGGGUACUCAAAAUAAAGGAGUCAUAAGAAGAACUCGUGUGAUCAUAAAAUUUCUUCACACCAAGACAAUGGGACCGUUGCAACGCGUCAGCAAUAGUUGUCAUUGGUGUGAUUAUAUUCUCUAACUAUAAGAAACUAUUUAUCUUCCAAGCUUGUCUUUAUACUAUAGAAAAAUGGUUGUUUUGCCCGAGCUUGAAUUUGAUAAAGUUUAUUAGAACUUAGAAGCAAUAACAGUAAUACGCACAUGCCUACAAGUUAGUAGUUAUAACUAGGUAAGUUUACGCGAGAAAUACCACAAGUUUAGAAGUAAUGGUUAGCUACAUGAGAACGUAAAUUACUAAAUAGCUAGGAACAACAUUUAAACUUUAGGUUACCUACUCAUAAAUUAUUAAAUUAUGUAAUUUCGUCAUACAAAAGAAAUUAUUUAGAUAUUGAUUUAUUAUCGUAGGUUUAGACUCUUUGGCCUUUAGAAUCCGACCCCAUGUUACAGUUAAUAAAUUAGUUUUAAAAUAACAUUGUGACGAAAAAAAGGUUGAUAUUUCAACCAAUACUUCACUCAAAGAACUUGUUACGUGACUCUAAUUUUAUCUUAAAAAUAGAUUGAAAAUCGUAUACCUACAGAUUACUUAUUCUCUAUAAAUUUAAUUGAAAACACAAAGUAUUAUACCAUGUGUACCAAAUAAAGCACGUGACACAAUAAAAUAUGUUUUCUGAAAUCCCUCUUUAGAGAUGAAAGAGAUCAGUCUUACCUAUACUUUUAGAUUUUUUGGGAAUUUAAUUGAAAUUGUAAUUUCACUACAUACGUUUGUGCAUACUGAUUAAAAACAUUUUUUAGUUACUGGUGGCGCCACCCUCAAAAUCUACGUCACUUACACUAACACUGAAUACUUUACAGUGAAGAUGGCGCCACGUUAUCUUUAAUUUUAAUAAUGCAACAUACAAUAUCUACUUAAAUUUCUAAUUAAAAAGUCUUCUAAAUGUUGGUGAGUAAAUUUAAAUUUCACUUGUUAAGUUUUAGGG